AAUAAUAUCUUUAUUUUUAUAUAGCACCUUUCAUAGUGGACCACCAUCACAAAACACUUUACAGAGGUAGGCUGUGAACUGUGCAUUAUAUGCAAAGUUACUUACAAGAGGACAUUGAUUUAACAUCUCAUCCACAGGAUGGAGCACAAUGAGGUUAAGUGACUUGCUCAGGGUCACACAGUGACAGUCAGUGGCAGAGGUGGGAUUUGAACCAGUGACCUUUUGGACUUUAACCAUUGGACCACACUGCUUCGUUGGAUAUUAAUAAUGGAGUCUCCAUGUGCUUGCCUGUUAGUAUAUAUAAGAAAAGUAAUUUUAUGCUUACUAAAGCCAGUAUUUUUAAAGAUAAAACUACACUAGAGAAGGCUGCACUAGUUGAAAAAGAAUGUGUUUUUAAAAUUGAGUAGUUUAAGAAAAUAAAUCCUUAGUGCUGAAGUUAAACAGAUCGAGACAGUGUGCUGUUGAACAACAGCACUUCUUGAAUCUUGUUCAGCCAAUCUGAGUGCUCUGUAAAUCCAAGCCAUUUUGAAAUGUCCAGUUUGAAUGUUGCUGCAACCCACUUUCCAAUACUGAGAACUGAACAGCAGCAGUUUCUGCUGUCAAACCAAUCAUGUAGCAAUGGCCAAACAUAAACAAUGGCUGUUACUAAAUGUGAUAGGGUAAGGUCAUUCCUGCUGGUGAAGUCCGGCCUCCCAACCGGUGGUGGCGCUGUGGCCACUAAGUUGGUGACCUCACUAAGAUGGACGCUUGUGGCGGCCAUCUUGUUGGAGUCAAACUGCACGUGUAUGCUCUGAGCUUCACCUCAUAGAGUCAGCCAUUAUCUGAUACACCUGCCAACUAGUCAUGGGUGAGUCACUGAUUCUAGGGGUGGAACUUGGUGCAUAAGGGGCAUGUGCAGGUAAAAGAGUUAGUUGAGCCUGGGGAAGGAAGGAGAGAGGGGAGCCAGCUGGAGUACACAGAACCCUGUUCUUGAAUCGCGUUACCAUGGACUAUAACCUGUCUUGUUAUUGUUGCAGUACAAGGAUUAAAACCUGUCUCAACAAACCCUUCGAUGCUGUGUUCAACUGGACUUCUUGUUAGCCUGCCUGUUGGACGACCACCACUGCUUUAAAGAGACACUCACCCUUUUCUUUCUUUUGUGUUAUAAAUGUUCUUUUGUCUAUUAUUUCUGUGUUAUUCACUGUUCACAAAGUGAACACAUUGUAAAUACAUGUUGGGGCUACAUCCUACAAAUAAAAUACCUGGAGAGUGUGUUUGUUUGUACUUCCACACUAAGCUACUUAGGGGAGGCUCAGCCUGGACUUGUGAGACUGCCGGCCAUCAGGGUCUGCUGAUGGGUGAAGAGCUGAACCCACACGAUUUUCCUCCCUCAUCCACAGGAGUGCAAAGACCAAUAUGCCCUGUGGACCCCCAGCCAACAUCAGCCACUAAUGCAAACCACGCUUGCAUGACACUCCCUGCACUUGAAAAAGUGGCGCUUUUAUUAGGUGAACUACUGGGGAAAUACAGCUUAUAUUCAAUCGCCAAUCCUCAAGCAGGCUGGUUUUUAGUAGUAAGGAAGUUAGUGUACAACAUUGCAUUAUUAUUUAAUGACGAGUUACAAAACAAGUAUAAUAUAAUGAAACACAAUGAAUCUAUUCAAAUGCUUUUAAAAAGGUGUUAAAGUUUGAUUUAAAAAAAAACGGUGGCAGUAAAAUAAGAUAGACAUUUUGGGGCUUUUUAAUGAUAUUGUAAUUAUUUUUUUUCAGAAAUGAGAAAAUAAUGGCUACCAAGAGAGUUACAAAACAGUACAUAAACUAAGGAAUAGAAUGUAGGGUCUUUUUGGUACUAUUAACUUUUAAUUAAUUCAGUGGUUGAGUACAUUUAAAAUAUAUUUUUAGAGGAUAAUAAUAAUGAAGACCAGAAGCUUUUCUUUCACUAUUAGAAACACAUUUAUAGACUGAAUACAAAUCAUUGAUUUUAAACAAUUGAAACAACUGUUUAUCUUUCCUUUUAUUAAAGCGCUCUGCCCAUGCAUUAUUCAUUUGACCACUCAUUUUCCUUUAUUGUCUCAAGCUACUAAACCUGAAGCAAUUCACUUUUAACCAAUUGGAGCCUUCGGGGAAUAAGCUUGAAAAAACUUUCAGUGGAACAGCAGUAGUUCAACUCCAGUUUCUAUCCAGCCCUCAGUCGACAGUCUGAAGAAGAUGGAAGUGUCUCACAGCUGCUUGAAAUCAGGAAGGAUCUGGCUGAUUUUGGCUGCUUUAGCCUUAUUCCUGGUUAUCUGUGAUGCAAGAUCGAAGGCUUCCAGAGGGGUAGCGGUUCCUUUUGUCUUUGAUCCGAAGGCAUUUUGUGACCCUCCAUGUCAGCAUGCAGGGCUCUGCAUCAGGAACAGCACCUGCUUCUGCUCCAAAGGCUAUGAGGGGGAACUAUGCCAAUAUGCUAACUGUUAUCCAAAGUGUAAAAAUGGGGGAGAGUGUCUCCGGCCUGGAAAAUGCAGAUGUCUACCGGGAUAUGGAGGAAAAUACUGUCAUAAAGUCUCUUGUGAGGGCGGGUGUUGGAAUGGGGGUGAAUGCAUCUCUGUGAACAGCAUUGUGAAGUGUCUUUGUCCCUCUAGCUGGACAGGCUCAAAAUGUCAAGAAGCAAUCUGUCCUCAGGGAUGCAGAAAUGGUGGAAGUUGUGUUGCACCUGGUAUCUGUAGCUGUCCAGAAGGAUGGGUGGGAGGAGCGUGUCAUAAAGCUAUUUGCCGACAUCCUUGUCUAAAUGGAGGAAAGUGUGUUGCUCCAAAUGUCUGUAGGUGCCGCGGCCCUUAUUCUGGAGCACAGUGCAGAGAGAAGAAGGUACACUGAACACUCUGGAAAAUCUGAAGCUGUCCAAUCAUUUCAACAAAGCAUUUGAAAUAGUAAAUAUAAGAAAGACAUACCGAUUGGAUAGACGUAUACAAAAAGCAUUGUUUAUUAAUCUGAAUUGUAUCACGGUGUGUUUGUUAGUCAUUCAUUUCCUCAUUGUGAUCACGAUUCAUUUUUUAAAUAUACCUUUUCAAUAAAAAAAAUAAAAAGCAUUGAUUGAGUUUA